AACUUUUCGGCCACAUUUUAUAGGUCACAGUAUGAUCGAGGUGGUGUGUAACGAUCGUCUGGGUAAGAAAGUCCGGGUUAAGUGCAACCCAGACGACACCAUUGGAGACCUGAAGAAACUCAUUGCAGCUCAGACCGGGACACGAUAUGACAAAAUAGUAUUAAAGAAAUGGUACACCAUAUUCAAGGACCACGUGUCUCUGGAUGACUAUGAAAUCCAUGAUGGGAUGAACUUGGAGUUGUAUUACCAGUAAAUUUCUGGAGUUUCUGGACAGAGAUGCACAUCGGGGCUGCAUGAUGGAAGAAAAAUGUA